AUGACUGAAGAGGUGAAAGAAGAAAUUAUAAAAACAACAACUAAAAAACGGAAAAGCUCAGUUAGUUCCAAAGGAUCAGAUCGAAAAGAAGAGAAUUCUUUCACUUUAAGCGAAGAUUUUAGACUUAUUGAUAAAAUUCAAAAGGAAACCAAUAUUGAAAGGCUUAAGAAUUUGUUUAUACAAGCUAUACAUAGCUAUGAAGCCCAAUUAGUUGGCCUCCAAGAAUCUAACGAAUCACAAAUUGAAGUUUUACAAAUGCAAUUAAGCGAUUCAAAUGCAUCUGUUAAUGCUCUCAAUCUACAAAUCAAGAAAUUAAAAGAAAUGCAAGAAAGUGAACUUGAGAAAGCACAUGAAAAUGAAAAAUUAUUACAAGACGCACUGAAAGAAGCAAGAUCCCAGACAAGCACAAUGUUUGAAAAAUCACAAUUAUCAUCGGUUCAAGAAUUUGAUUCGGAAGCUACAAAAUCAAUGCAAGAAAAAAUCGAAUCUUUAAACACUGAAAACGUUAUACUCAAGAAUCAAGUCAAUACUUUACAAAUGCGCAAUAAAGCUCUCCUUGUGGCUGUUGGAACAUUCAAACAGCAACUUGAAAACAUCAAAGCUUCAAAAGAUGACUUAAUUCAAGUAAUUUCAAAAUUUUACUCGACAACAAAGAAAUCCAUCAGAGCAUCUAAAGAAAUCUCAUAUCAUACUCUCGAAUUACUUAGAGAUUCAAAGAUAAGAAGCCAAGAAUUAUAUAACGGCCUUUAUCAUUGCAAAGAAAUGAUUCAAUCUCUACGUGCAGAAAUCCCUCCACGUCCAGAAUUCAAUUUACGCGCAUACAAGAUGUCUACAGAGCGAAUCAUUGCUAAUUAUAUAGCAGAAAACCAAUCUCAGUUUUUAGAUCAAAUUAAAACAACUCAAAAGAAAUACAAAUCAAAUCUUAAAAUGAAAAUCACUGAACAAAAGAAUUCAUUGUCAUCACUCAAAGCUCUUUGCCUCAGUACAUCAUCAGCAUUUAGAUUAUUUGUACAAGGAUUCCAGAGGAACUUCCAAAUUCUCAGGGAAACUACGAUGCAUUCGAUAAAUACUGUAGAUCUUCGCGUUGAAUUUAACAAGCAAAGAGAAAACAAGAAAACUAAACAAGUUCAAAGAGAUUUAAAGCAGGCUCAAACACAGAUUGCUUUAUUAACAAAGCAAAUUGAAAUUAAUAGAGAAAAAAGAAGAAAUGAAAAAUUGAAGCAAAAAGAAAACAAUUUUUAUUCGAGAUCUUCAUCUAGAAUGUCUGUUUCAUCACAACCUGCACAAACUAGUGCAACAUUAGUGAGUGUUGGUACAUUAGCUCAUAUAUUAACGCCUCAUUUAGAUACAAUGAGAGAAAGAACAAAAAGAGCUUCAAAAGAAGCCGAAAUUUCAGUUUUGACAGCAGAUAUCAGGAGAAAAGAAGAGAGAAUUAAUACAUUAGAAAGCCAGAUUUCUGGUUUGAGGCGAAUCAUAAAACACACAGAAGAAAAUGCAGAUGAAGAGAGUGGAAAGACGAAGCAGCAAAUAUUCGAAUUAGAAGAGCAAUUGAGAAAUGAAAAGUCUCAAACUCAAAAGAAAUCUGCAUCGAUACAGAAGCUACAAAAGAGCUUGGAUGAUAGUCAGAAGCAAGCAAAAAUGGUGGAACCACUCACCACAACAAUAUCAAGGAUUUUCAAGAGUUGCUCAGAGAAGUUGGAACCUCUUCUUUCAGAACAAGCAAUUUCUCCAGAGUUGACUGAAUUAGAUGAACUUUCAAAGCAAUUCUUUAACGUUCCAAUUCAUAAAAUUUGUGCUCCUCAAUUCUCAAGAGCGUACUUGAAAAAACAAGAGCAUAGAUUUAAUACUGCACUUCAAAAUCGCGAUGUUGAAGAAAUGGUUGUUAUCAUGGAUGGAAUGUUUGAAGAGUUUGCUAAAAAUAAGUCUCAAAAUUCUAACUUAUUGUAA